AUGGAUUCUCCAACGCAGGAUUCCCUGGCGGGCGACUUGGGUCCAGAGUUCAAGAAUGCCAAGUGCCUUAAUUUAUGCGAGCUUCAGCUCAUUCUAGGGGAUCAGCUCCGCCUUUCUGUCUCUCGUCCUGCAGAAGCGCACAACUUAAUCAAAGCAUCCUACGAGUAUUCUUCGCGCUUUGGGAAGAUGACUGUCAGGACAGCCGUUGUGGAGAUUCGCAAGCACCUUGAGCGGGAAGGGGACUUGCAGCAGUUUGAGCUAGCGCUGCUGGUCAACCUGCUGCCCCGCACCCCGGAUGAAGCCAAGGCACACAUUCCAUCCCUUAUCCGCCUGUCCCCUGCUCGUCUCUCACGGAUUAUUGACACCUUGGAAGUAUUCAGGGUUCAUGCGUCCUAA